GACUCAUUCAAUUUCCAGUAUUGGAGCUCGAUUUCAACUUGUUGUUUCACUUUUGGACAAACUUUUUCAUCAGCAUUGUUUUACCGACAUCAUUGUAAGAGAGUGCAAAGAUUUGUCAAGUCAUGAUGAACUCAGCAAAAUGUUGGUCAGAGUUGUGGCCAGCUUGCCAGAGUUGAUUUCAAAUAAACAGCAAAACUCACUGAGGUGUCAUAUGUUUCACCACGAACGUUUCUUUACUUUUCUUGGAUUUGAAAUUGUAAAUUCUGUCUUUGAACUUUCGCACUCUGUUUCACUGGGAAAAUCGAUCAAAACCGAGUUUUUAUCAAGAUGCAUUGGUCAUUUCUGCAGAAUAGGAAAAGCAGAUCAUCUUUUCAGUGUCUUUAUUCCAUCUUUUGUUGCCAAAAUUAAAACAGAUUUUGUAAUGCAACGAAUUCUACAAAAAGUAUUCAGUGGGAUACCUGAUGUUUUCAUGGAAGGGGUUCUCACUUGCUUGUUCAGAGCAUGGCCUGUGAGGUGUAACCUUGUUCAUAUGCUUGGAGAUCUUGUGUUGGCCAAACCCAAAGCAAAGUUUGUGAUUCUGUACAAGUUGCUACUGGUUAAACAUUAUACAACAUACACUGUACCAAUAAAUGUUAUUAGCUAUAUUUCAAAAGUGGAUCCAAAACAUAUGUGUGCAGUUGAGACGUUGGGUAAAGUUUUGGAAGUAUGGAGUAGUUCAAGCUCAAUUAAGCAUACAUCAUAUGAACAACAUCGUUACUUAACUGCUGUCAUUCUUCUCUGUGUUAAACAUGUGGAUGAAAUCAGUGAUCAAAAAUUUAAAGACGAACUCAUGCUUGCAUUGAUGUCUGGCAUGAAGCAUCAUCUGGAGUCACCUGACGAAAAAGUUCGCUUACUUGGAAUGCUGGUUGGGGAAAAACUCACGUCUGCUUUGCAUAUAGAAAGUGGAGAAGCCAAGUUGGAAUUUGAAUUUACUAAGACAGAAGAUACAAAUUUGCUGUUGGAAAUUUUUAACUGUCAUCCAUCAUUGCCUGAUCAAGAGUUUUAUAAUGAGCAAGCAAAACUGUUAAGUGAUGUUAGAGAGACCUUACAGUCCAAUGACGGUUAUUCAAGUCAUAAAAGCGUUUACACGAUUUCAAAAAGUUCUUUCGUUGAAAUGGCGAAAGUGAAACAGAUUCCAUUAUCAACAAAAGAUGAUGUCACACAAGAAUCUUCUAGAAAUACAGAUAAAGAAAAUAAGACGUUGUGUGAUAGUGAUGACAGCGAUGAUGAUUUAAUUCCUUUUGAUCUUCCACAAGAAACAACAUUUACAAAGACUCCAAGACCAAUGUAUAUCCGGGAUUGUUUAGAAGGUUUAACUGAGAAUGAGGAUCGUGAGAAGAUGGAAAUAUAUUUGCAUUGUGUGGAUGAGCUUAUACAUAAGAAUGUAUUAGCUACGAAAGAGGUGGCAGUGGAACUUUGCAAAGUGAUGCUGAAUUUACAGAAUAGUUAUUCCAUUGAAGAAUUUGAUGUUUUGCGUAGAAGAGCAAUCACUUCAGCAGUUGUGUGUAAUCCUAUGCAGGUGGCUACUUACCUAACAGGAGAGUUCUAUAGCGAGCAUUACAAUCUACAACAGAGGAUGGACAUUCUUGAUAUUCUUGUCAUGUCUGCCGGCAGAAUGUCAGGGAUUUCAUCUGUUCCCAAGAAAGCAGUUAAUGAAGAUUUGGACAAGAAAACCGAUGUUUCAGAGAAUCAAACAUCAAAUAUGGUUUUGGAUAAACCUUGGAAACAAAUUGUUCAAGAACGUAUUGAUAAAAAAACUCGUCGCUUUGGAAAGGUAAAAAAGGCUACUCCUAUUCCCACAGCUGAUGAGUUUGGACCAGUUGCUGGUUACUUUUUCUUCCCCCUCAUGGCCAGUUACGAUCUUAAGAUCCGGACACUAGAUCUGUUGGGAACAGAUACAAUCGUACUUGGUCGUCUACUGUAUGCACUUGGAACCAUUCUCUACUCGGCUGCAAGUUCAAUGGUGGCUCAUAAAAUGUCAUCAUCUUUGCUGGAAUUUAUUGUCCCAUUAAGAUCUCAUGUUGAACCAUUUGUAAGGAAGGCAUGUGUGUUUUGUAUUUCUAUGGCAGUUGUCAGUUCCCUUGCUAUAACUGAGGAGUUAUGUGAGGACAUACUGGAAGCCCGAGAAUGGCUUUGUGGUGUUAUAAAUACAGAUGAUGAUAGUCAGACUCGCUUAGCAGCAUUAGAUGCAUUGAGAACUCUGGAUGUGAAAGCAAGAAAGGAAUUGGGAACAAAUAACAUUGCUACAUGAUAAAAAAAAGAGGUCCCAGUUUCCAAACAAUAUAGCUACAUGAUACCAAUUAUGUAACUGCACUGAACAAGGUUCCAGUUUAACUGAAGUUAAUAUAAAAAUACUUAUACACUCCAUGAAGGGGUUAAAACAAUGACCACAAAUAAAUAUUGCAAUUUACUGACUUCACACUUCCGUGUACAAGAAACCACUUUCUGGUUUCCUGUUCUGUGGCUAAGUGUCUGUCGUUCCAAGGGACCAAAUAACCUUUUUCUUGCUUUCCAUUCAGUUUGCAACAAAUAA